AUGUCUCUUGGCCGUCGUGUAGCCCUUGGUGGCGUGGUCGUGGGCGCAGUACUGUAUUUUUGGCCACAAACCUCACCUGCAGUCCCUGGUGCUCCAGUCACCACCUUCAAAACCACCAGUGUGCAGAAUAUAGAAAAGGCGUAUGCAAACGGUGGUGCCACAUCCACACAUACCAAGGCAUAUGGAGGCACGGUUCAAGGCCAGAAACAAGAUGCACCGAUGAGAGAGGGUUCGGCCACAAGCAACCCCAAAGGGUAUCAACAGGAAGGAAUCGGAGGUGACCAGCGGCCAAACGACCCCAUGAUGCCUGAGAAGUUGUGGAACAAGACAAUGCAUGGGACUGAGAAAGGCAGAUGA